AUGGCUCCGCCCUUGCAGGGCGCCGUGGAGCGGCUGCGGCCGCAGGAGCUGAAGCGGCUGAAGUUCCAGCUGAGCUACCUGCCGGCGCCCGACCGGCUCCCCGCGGGGCUGCUGGCCCAGGCCCACGACGGGCCCGCCCUGCUCCGCCUCCUGCAGUUCCACCUGGGCCCGCGCGCCCCCGACGCGCUGCAGCGCGCGCUCGAAGCCACGCCCGGCCUGCGCGCGCCCGUGUUUCUCCCAGGUCCAUAUCCUGACCCCAACAAUCUCCUUCCGCCGGGAAAUAAGAGGAAAAGGCUUGAUCAGUGCGACCAGGAUGAGCCGAAGCGGUAUGACAUGUCGAAAUGUCGGGAGGCCUUCCUGAUGGGGGUGAAGAAGGGAAGAUCCGGGGCGACCCAGGAUAUUGAAAAGUUGCGGAAGCAUCUUGCCGCCUUCAGGUUUUCCGUGCAAGAGUGCAUCGAUCCCGAUGGAAAGGAGAUUCUUCAAGACUUGCGAGCAUUCCGGGAUAAAAUCAACGGUUCUCCAUAUGAGAUGAGCUGCUGCCUCGUCGUUCUCAUGAGCCAUGGAGUGGAUGGCUUCAUCAAGGGGAAGGAUGAGGAGGAGGUCAACCUGGAGGAGAUCUUCAAGCUGUUCAACAAUGCAAAUUGCCCAAACCUGCGGGAGAAGCCCAAGAUCUUUAUAAUCCAGGCCUGCAGAGGAGACAGGAGAGAUGGGGGAGUGGAAGCAUUUGAUAACGUCGCAGAGGAAAUGGAUGAUACAUCCAACGUCAAGAGACUGCCGACCACCAGUGAUUUCUUUAUUGUCUAUUCCACUCAGAAAGGUCACGUGUCCGUCCGCAAUCCUCUGUUAGGCUCUAGAAUGAUUGAGGCGAUAGAUGACGUCUUUUCCCGAUAUGGAAAUAAGUGGCAGCUUACCGAUUUGUUUACCAAGGUCAACGACGAACUUGUCCACAGGGACUUUUACGGGUUCCAGUGCGUAGUGAAAGUGACCCUGGAAAUGCAGUCCACUCUGACGAGGGCAGUGUAUCUGGCCUCUGAGCAGGACCUUUGAGAGAACCUCUCAUCCGCAGAAGAACACUCCAACACUCGACGAGGUCUCGAUGAUGCUGUUGCCUUUUUCCACAGUGCUGCCGCACUAACUUCAAAGCACAUUUUCAGUGCUCAUUUCCCUUUCCAGAAGCCAAUCAUUGGCUUCUUUUCCGAGUCAGAAUAUCAGCUGGCUGUCGGCUCUCUUCUCCCAAGAUCCCAAACCCCACCCACACGCCCCCAAACACUCACACACAAAAAAUAUUGUACUUGUUAAGCCCUUACUAUGUGCCAAGCACCGUUCUAAG